CCUAAAACCUCUAAAUCGGGGUGCGUUCAAGUCAUCUUUCGUAUUUUGAUUUAAGGGAAAGGGGUUGUCAGUAUAGUUGAAGCGUGUAAACUAGGUCUGAAUAUUCCGUGAGAAUAAUUAUGUCGGUUCCAAAUGAAAAUUUAUCCGAGCUGGAUUGGGUGAAGCUACGCGAAGACAUGGACAACGUCGCUCGCGGGCCUGAGACAUUCAUGCAGAAAUUUAAUCGGAAAUUCAAAGAAGACCCUCUGGUACCGAUUGGCUGUUUCUUGACAACCGCAGCUCUAUCCUACGGACUCUACUGCUUUCAAACAGGGAAUCGUCAAAUGUCACAGUAUAUGAUGCGAGCCCGUGUUGCAGCCCAGACUUUCACCAUCAUUGCAUUUGUACUUGGGAUGGGUGCAGCCGCCAAUAAGAAAUAAAGACCGGCUGACUUGUAUAUUGUGCGGAGUUAGUUGCGUCACAAUAAGAUAGUAAUCUCUACGCAUUUUUUGGAGUUGUAUUACCUACACAUUUGCAAUGAUAUUUUGCGAGCACGAGAUAAGUUACUAAUUGUAAAUCAUUAUUUAAACCAUGUAUAUUGUAAAAAUAAAACAAAUUUUUGUUUUCAUAAAUCAAUAUUUAAAAAUAGGUAUAUAGUAUGUAAUUCCUAUAGGUUUAUGACAGCCUAUUUGCUUUCCAAGGACAUAUUUUGUUGGUUGACUGUCAUCAUCUAAGGUUUGAUUUGUAUUUUACUAUCUGCUUUUAAUAUUGUAUAUGUAAUUACAUGUACUUUUUAAAUCUUUAAUACCAAUAAUGAGGUAGCAGAAUAAAAUUAUUGGCACGCCUUUUCUUUGAUAAUUAAUAAAAACUAAUAUUUAUAAAUACUCUGCUUUAUUACAAUUGCAUUAUACACAUAUUACUAAAUCAUAGAUGUAAUUUUAUUCAGAUUGUAAUUAUAGUGAUACAGUGUACUUCUCAAUUAAUUGCAAUCUUUUCUACGCUACACAUACACACUACCGUAAUGGCGAUGAAAAAUUACGUACAAAAAGGUCCUAGUAUCAAUAUCGGAGAAAAUUUUUAUUUAUAAUGUAUACGUACUAGCAUUCAAGGAAACUAGAAGGAAAACCAUAUUGUGUUAUUACAUUUCAAAAAUUGCAAGACAAAUCCCCCCAACUGUAUCAUAAAAUCAUAGUUUUGAAUCGUUAUUUUUUUCUUACAGGUAUGCCACUUGAAGCAAUAUUUUUCACACAUCGUGGAAAUAAACAGUUAUGUAUAUAAUUUUACUGUAGAAAAGAUUAAGAAAAGGGAAAAAAACGAAAUGGAGCUCUUUUUCAUAUACGAUGUAUAAUAUGGCAGCUUGAUACGAUUACAUAAUAUACUAUAAACUAAUGAGUUGAGUUGUACAGACGAAUAUAAUGACUCUCAUUUUGCAUGUUUCGUAUAUAUUACUGAAUAGUACUUUACGCGGUAAUUAAACGGUUGUAAAUU